GACUUUCAACCCGACUACGCGGUAGUAGAGAGCCACUCCUAUCGCGCCCAAGAACUGCCGGACAGAAUGGCGGCGCCCGAGGUCCACCAUCUCUUCCACAAUCCAAUCGCCGACCACUCGUUCUCGGCCGACAGAAAGACGCUGGCGAUCGCCCGCGACACAACCGUCGAGCUCUACGGACGGGUCGGCAAUGCCUUCAAGUUGAAGGACGAGCUGAAGGGCCACGACAAGACCGUGACCAGCGUCGACAUUGCGCCCAACUCGGGCCGCAUCGUGUCGUGCUCGCAGGACCGCAACGCCCUCGUAUGGGAGCCCACCCCGCAGGGGUACAAGCCGACGCUGGUCCUGCUACGCAUCAAUCGCGCCGCCACUUUUGUCCGCUGGUCGCCGUCCGAGACCAAGUUUGCCGUCGGCUCCGGAGACCGGCUCAUCGCCGUCUGCUACUUCGAGCAGGAGAACGACUGGUGGGUGUCGAAGCACCUGAAGAAGCCGAUCCGCAGCACCGUCACCACUGUGGGCUGGCACCCCAACUCGGUGCUUCUCGCCGCCGGCUCGACCGACGCGCACGCCCGCGUCUUCUCGAGCUUCAUCAAGGGCGUCGAUGCGCGCCCGGAGCCGACCGCCUGGGGCGAGCGGCUGCCCUUCAACACGGUCUGCGGCGAGUACAUGAACAACUCGGCCGGCUGGAUCCACUCGGUCGCCUUCUCCCCCAGCGGCGACGCGCUCGCGUAUGCUGCCCACGACAGCAGCAUCACGGUCGUCUACCCGAGCGCGCCCGAGCAGCCGCCCAAGGCGGUCAUCAGCAUCAACACGCAGCUGCUGCCCUUCAUGAGCCUGAUCUGGAACGGCGAGUCCGAGAUUAUCGCCGCCGGUCAUGACUGCGAGGCUUUCCGCUUCCGGGGCGGCAUCAAUGGGUGGCAGCUGACUGGCGCGCUGGAGGCCAAGGGCCGUCCUGGCCUCGGCGACCAGCGCGAGGAGUCGGCGCUGAACAUGUUCAGGCAGAUGGAUCUCAAGGGCAAGGUCAAGGACGACACGCAGCUGAAGACAGUCCACCAGAACACCAUCACCAUGAUCCGGCCGUACGAGACGUCUGGCGCGUCCGUGAGGAAGUUCAGCUCGAGCGGGGUCGACGGACGUGUUGUCAUCUGGACUCUGUAGACACACGUAGAAGCGGCGAGCUGAUAAUCAAUGAGAUAUUUGUGUCUCUCAGACGGUUGCUUUGAACUCGAUUUGAUUGUCCUGCCUGAAACAAGCGCACAUCGCCGUUCCGAUUGGUCCCUGAGGUCCGUCUGGGUAUUCCCUUUUCCCUUGUCUAUCCAAAGGGUAUAAGUGUGCUCGAUGCAAGCUGUUGAGCUUGAAAAAAAAAAAAAAAAAAAAACC